AUGUCGAUGUCCGCUUUCCUUAGGCUUGGUACAUGUUGUGCCCAAGCACGCCCACUCCGAUCACCAGCACUUCAUCUGCAGCCCUUCCGUUCGCUAUCUACCUUCCCUAGAACUGCUCCAACACUUCGCGCGUGGUCCCUGCCCCAGCGGCCCCCAGCCGUCGUUCACAGCCGAGCACUAUCGCUCGCCUCUCUAUUUCGCAGGCCAGGCCCUCUCCCUUCUCCGGCAGUGGUAGCGACCAUCUCGAAGCUCGAAGCAGAGGCCGACGCACACCCGAAUGAUGUGGAGAAGCAGGUAGCGCUAUUCGAAGCUCUGGUCGGUACCAAAGCAAAACCUGGUUUGGACACGGUAGUGGCGAGAUGGGAGCGCUUGUGUGAAUUCCACCCCUCCCACCCUCUCAUUCGCUCGGACACUGCUUUCAAACUGUACUUGGUUGCUCUCCGCGAACUCGGUCUUGACGCGUCUAUCAACUCUGCUGUCAGGCGGAGAGACGCGCUCCUCGCUGUUUCGUCUAGUCCUGCUGCCGCCACCGUCCUUGAACAAGCUCCGGAAACUGCGUCUGCCUCUCCAGAUUCGUCAGCAACCGCUUCUGCCACUCAGGCCUCGUCUACUACCACCUCGGAAUCUGCGCCCUCGACGUCAUCACCACCUCCCACGUCAAGUCAACAAGCUGCACAAGACGUUCUGUCGGGUGCAACAGUCACAGCACGAUCGGUACACACGGACUUCGACGCGCUUCGAAAUGCUCUUGGUCGCGGCUCUGGGGUCCCUGGGAACCCCAUUGUUGUAUCAGUUACUGAAUCGAAAGGGGAGAUCUUUCUACGACUAAUGCGAUACGCAAUAUUCUCGGCCCUUACGGUAUUCUUCGUCCUCGUGUUCCUGUCGCUGUGGGUCGAGAACUCAGGGAUGCUCAAAGCGGGCCCCCGUCAAGCCGAGUUCGAGCCCAUUCAGGCUAAGACGUACAAAUUCAGUGACGUACACGGCGUAGACGAGGCUAAGGGCGAGCUCCAAGACAUUGUGGAAUUCCUCAAGGACCCUUCGGCGUUCGGCACGCUGGGCGGGAAGUUGCCUAAGGGCGUCCUUCUCACCGGUCCCCCUGGAACAGGAAAGACCAUGCUCGCGCGCGCCGUCGCAGGCGAGGCCGGUGUGCCGUUCUUGUUCGCUUCGGGCUCCGAAUUCGAUGAGAUGUUCGUCGGUGUGGGUGCGAAGCGCGUCCGGGAACUGUUCGCUGCUGCGCGGAAGAAACAACCCGCGAUUAUUUUCAUCGACGAAUUGGACGCCAUUGGUGGCAAGCGCUCCAGCCGUGACCAGCACUACAUGAAGCAGACCCUGAACCAGCUCCUGGUGGAGAUGGACGGUUUCUUGCAGAAUGAAGGCAUCAUUGUGAUUGCGGCGACCAACUUCCCGGAGACUCUCGACCCCGCUCUGGUCCGUCCUGGCCGAUUCGACAAGCAUGUCGCCGUCCCGCUUCCCGACGUGCGCGGCCGUGUCCAGAUCCUCCAGCACCACAUGACAAACGUAACCACUGCGCCUGAGGUCGAUACGAUGGUCCUCGCCAGGGGCACCGUCGGUUUCUCCGGUGCCGACCUGCAGAAUCUGGUCAACCAAGCCGCCGUCAAGGCCGCGCGGGACGGCGCGAAGGCGGUCGACUUCAAGCACUUCGAGUGGGCCAAGGACCGCAUCAUCAUGGGAGCCGAGCGGAAGACGUCGUUCAUCAGCGAGGAAAUAAAGAAGAUGACGGCCUACCACGAGGGCGGACACGCGCUCGUCGCGCUGUAUACGGAAGGCGCGAUGCCGCUGCACAAGGUUACCUGCGUGCCCCGCGGCCACGCCCUUGGCAUCACCAGCCAGUUGCCCAAGGACGACCGGUACUCGGUCUCGCUCAAGGAGUACCUCGCCGAAAUCGACGUCUGCAUGGGCGGCCGUGUGGCCGAGGAGCUGGUCUAUGGGCCCGAGAACGUGACGAGCGGUGCUUCUUCCGACCUGCAGCACGCUACGAGGACCGCGCGAGCGAUGGUGAAGAACUGGGGGUACUCUCACAAGAUUGGGCCCGUCUACCUGAGCGAUAGGGAGGACACGAUCAGUCCGAAGAAGAAGGACGAAAUAGAAGACGAAGUGCGCAGUCUCCUGAUAGCGGGCGAGUCACGGGUGACCGCACUCCUGAAGUCUAAAGCGGACGAGCUGCACCGGGUCCGUGCUUCCCUCUCCCGCAUCUACGCUUCUCCGCAUCUCGCGGACGCGCUCGUCGAACACGAGACCCUCGACGCCGAGGAGGUGCAGAAGGUCAUCAAGGGCGAGCGCAUCCGCGCGAUCGACGAGGUCAUCAAGGAGGACCUCUCGCGCCUGCAGCACGAAGGCGUCGCGUCACCGCCGCCGCGCCCGCCCGUGCUCGUCUCCGAUCCAUAG